AUGGGGCUCCUGGACAGGCUGGGCAAGGAAUGGUUCAUGCUCUGCAUCGUGCUGGUGAUCGUCCUGGCGAAGAUGGACCCGUCUGUGGGGGCCAAGGGCGGACCGCUGAAGCCAGAAGUGACGAUCACCUACAUAGCCGUUUCAGCCAUAUUCUUUAAUAGUGGACUGUCCCUCAAGACAGAGGAGCUGACGAGUGCUUUGAUGCAUAUAAAAUUACAUCUUUUUGUUCAGAUCUUUACACUUGCAUUCUUCCCAACAGCAAUAUGGCUUUUUCUUCAGAUGCUCUCAGUUACACCCAUCAACGAAUGGCUUUUAAAAGGUUUACAAACAGUGGGUUGCAUGCCGCCGCCUGUUUCUUCUGCAGUCAUCUUAACCAAAGCUGUUGGUGGGAAUGAGGCAGCAGCUAUAUUUAACUCAGCCUUUGGAAGUUUUUUGGGCAUCAUUAUAACACCACUGCUACUGCUGAUUUUUCUUGGAUCAUCAUCUUCUGUGCCUUUUACCUCCAUAUUUUCCCAGCUCUCUAUGACUGUAGUUGUUCCCCUCAUCAUCGGACAGAUCGUCCGAAGGUACAUCAAGGAUUGGCUGGAGAGGAGGAAGCCUCCGUUUGGGACGAUCAGCAGCUGCGUCCUCCUCACCAUCAUCUACACGACCUUCUGCGACACUUUCUCCAAUACCAACAUUGACCUGGAUGGCUUCAGCCUUCUCGUCGUUCUGUUCAUAAUUUUUUCCGUUCAGCUGAGCUUUAUGUUUUUAACAUUCUUCUUUUCCACAAGGAAUAAUCUGGGCUUCACACCAGCUGACACCGUGGCUAUCAUCUUCUGCUCCACACACAAAUCUCUCACACUGGGGAUUCCCAUGCUGAAGAUCGUGUUUGCCGGCCACGAGCACCUGUCGCUCAUCUCUGUGCCCUUGCUCAUCUACCACCCGGCGCAGAUCCUGCUGGGCAGCCUCUUAGUGCCAAGCAUCAAGUCUUGGAUGGUGUCAAGACAGAAGGGUGUGAAGCUGAUGAGGCCAACAGUGUGACCCCGAGGGGACCCUGCAUCGUACACGUGUAUAUAUGUACAAUAUGUACAAUGACACCUUCGGAAGACCUGUGUUUGUGAAUGUUGCUUCCGUGCAUAUUUUAUUUUUUUAUGUGAAAAAGAAAAGAUAGACCUAUUUAAGUGCCUUAAAAUGCAUUUGGCCAGAGCCUUGUCCCAGACCUCCCGCUGGGGACCGGCAGAGGUUGUACAGUAUUUUGGAGUCGUUUAUUUUUCUAACACGGUGACGAGUCAUCCUGGUGGAGAAGCAAACCUUAGAUUAUUCCCCUUCCCUGUUUUCUGGGUAACUACACAACUGCG